UUUCUCUAUAAUUCUUGAUUGUACUCCAGAUGUUAGCCACCAGGAACAAAUGACCCUAAUUAUCCGAUGUGUUAACAUGUCAAAUAACCAAAUAAAAAUAGAGGAGUUCUUUAUGGAAUUUUUGAAAGUGGAUGACACAUCUGGUUUGGGACUUCUUAAUGUACUUAUGGAUGCUCUGAAGUCCUACGGACUAAAUAUAGAUAAUGUGAGGGGCCAAGGUUACGACAAUGGUUCAAAUAUGAAAGGGAAAAACCAAGGGGUACAAAGUCGCUUACUUAAAAUUAAUCCAAGAGCUCUAUAUAUGCCAUGUGCGUGCCAUAGUUUGAACCUUACUUUAUCUGAUAUGGCAAGUUCAUGUGGUAAAGCAAUUACUUUUUUCGGGAUUGUUCAACGGAUAUAUGUGUUAUUUUCAACUUCUACUAAAAGAUGGAAAGUGUUGCUUGACCAUAUUCCAAGUUUAACAGUGAAGGGUUUAUCAAACACUCGGUGGGAGAGUCGAAUAAAAAGUGUUAAAGCUAUUAGAUUUCAAGCUCCCGAACUAAGGGUUGCUUUGUUGGAGGUAGGUAAAAUUUGUGAUGAUGCCAAGUCAAAGAGUGACGCAAAAAAUUUAUAUGACGCGCUUGGUAAAUUUGAGUUUAUACUUGGUAUGGUAAUUUGGCAUGACAUUUUGUUUGCAAUAAACGCUGUGAGUAAGAAGUUGCAAUCUCCAUCCAUGUGUAUUAACUCUACAUUGCAGCAAAUUGAAGGUAUAAUGGAUUUUUUUGACAACUAUAGAAACAAUGGAUUUGCAACUAGUUUGACCAUAGCAAAGCGUAUAGCAUCUGACAUGGGUAUUGAACCAUCAUUUCCAAUAAAACGUCAAGUCACUAGGAAAAAACAGUUUGAUGAACCUGAUCAUGACGAAGAAAUUCUGUUAGCUGAGAAAGCUUUUGAAGUAAACUACUUUUUAGUAAUGGUUGAUGUGGCAAAGAUCUCACUGAAAACUAGAUUUGAAGAACUUAAGGUAUUCAAAAAUAUAUUUGGUUUUUUACUUAGCUCAAAAGACUUGAAAUUGCUUACUGAUGUUGAAGUGCGCAAAUCUUGUGAUAAGUUUGUCAAAACAUUUUCUCACAAGGGCUCCUGUGAUGUUGAGCCAGAUGAUCUAUUUUCUGAAUUAAGACUGUUACAAAUGACUUUACCUGUAACGAAUGAACCAAUGCAAGCAAUGGAAUUAUUUGAGUUUGUUAGAGAUAUAGAUUGUUUUCCAAAUAUUUUAAUUGCUUAUCGUAUUUUGUUUACUGUACCGGUGACAGUAGCAUCGGCUGAGCGUAGCUUUUCUAAGUUGAAGUUACUAAAAAACUAUUUAAGAUCAUCAAUGUCUCAAGAAAGAUUAAAUGGUCUGGCAAUUUUGUGUAUCGAGAAAAAUAAGUUGGAUGAGAUAAAUACGGAUGCAAUUAUAGACGACUUUGCUUCUAGAAGUGUUAGGAGAAAUGGCAAGUUCUGAAUUCAAUUUGCUAUACUGUGACUUACGCAGGAAGAGGAAGCUUUCGAAAAUUGGUGAAGAAUAUGGAGUGGUGGGCAUGAUCUAAAUAAAGUCUUACUGUAAAUGCCCGUCUCUGGUUCUCUUUUAAGUAGGAACUGCGGCGACUUCAUCUCCUAUCUAGAUUG